UUUAGUAAACCACUUUAUUGAGUUUUUUGAGGCAAAGAAAAACCCCACGGGUUUUUUACCUGCUUCGCGAAACCUUUCAGUCUUCAGAAGAAACCCUAACUAUUUUGCUAAACCGUAGUUUACAAAAUCCUAAGGUUCCGUAAGACUAAUAAACCCUUCAAACGACCUUUUAGGUUUUUAAGAACGACUCAAAUACUCUUACAGGUUUAGUAACAUUUCGUAAACGCAUUAGGAAACCCUUUGAGUUUUGUACACGACGCUUUUUUUUUAGAGUGUACGGCCUUGAGUUUUAUCGAUGGUUAUAAAGAGAUAACCGAACGUUCAGAUAACACUCCAGUGUUAUUUGAUCUAGAUAUUAGCACUACUAUUGCCAAACCAUUUGCUUAUCUUCAUCAGAAUUUGAACGGUAACACAGAACAAGAAGUACUUCUCUCAAUUGGAUUGACGUUUCGAACUGAGUCAGUAGAGACAUUCACAGAUGACGGACUAAUGUUAAUAAAACUAAUAGCAUGCAGUGAUGAAGAUUGUAAUUUGAAAAACAAAGCACAAAAUUUUAAGAAAAUCUUAGGAAUUGACAAACGACAUCAGGAUAUAAAAUGGGGCUACCUUCUAUUUGUAAUUGGAGAAUAUGAAUUAGCCAAACAGCAUUACCAGAUUUUACUUGCGAAACUUCGCGAAAACGAUCAUCGAACUAUUGGUACAAUUUAUUAUGAUUUAGGCCGAAUUUACUAUGAAACAGGCGAUUAUCAAAAAGCUUUAGAAUAUUAUAACAAAUCGCUUGAAUAUGCACAUUUAAAUGGAGAUUAUUUGUUACGAGUGAUAGAAUUGUACAAUAGCAUUGCUGAAGCCAAUGAUAAAAUAUGCAAUUACGAAAAUUCUUUAAAAUAUUAUACAAAAUCCUUGGACACCGCUCUUUCGACUAAACCCAGUGAUUUUCAUUAUACCGUCAAUUUGUACAGCAGGAUAGGAAAAAAUUACAAUAAUAAGGGUCAAUAUUCGCUGGCAUUGGACUGUUGUAACAAAGCUCUUCAAAUUCGUUCAAAAUUUUUGAAUUAUACUGAUAUUGGACUUGUAGCAGCAUAUAACAAUAUCGCUCUUAUUCACAGUUAUAAUACAAUUACAAGAGGGGUUUGGUUUAUUGUAAAAAGCACUUGA